UUUCUUCCUCUUCAUAUCUUCAUCUCAGUUGCCAAGUGUGAGCCUCCUCCAGCCAUCAGCAAUGGGAAGCACAACGGUGGAGAUGAAGACCUCUACACAUAUGGCUCUUCUGUCACUUACAGCUGUGACCCUGGCUUCUCAAUGUUAGGCAAAGCCUCCAUUUCUUGCACAGUGGAAAAUAAAACAAUAGGUGUCUGGAAUCCAAGCCCUCCUACUUGUAAAAAUGUUGUCUGUCAUCGACCACAAGUUCCAAAUGGAAUCAUUGUCUCUGGAUUUGGACCCACCUAUAACUACAAAAACUUUCUUGGGUUUAGCUGCAAGAAAGGUUAUGUCCUCAAAGGCAGUCAUUUAAUCCGUUGUGAAGCUAAUAACAAGUGGCAUCCUUCUCCUCCCAUUUGUGAACUCAAUAGUUGUAUUGGGUUACCAGACAUCUCCCAUGCUGUCUGGAAUAGAAGAGGCUAUGAGCUAAGUAACCAAGAAGUAUUUGCAGUUGGGACUGUGUUGAAAUAUCAAUGCAAGCAUGGCUAUAGACCUAUUCCAGAUGAGCCUCUGACUGUGACUUGUCAGGAAAAUUUCACGUGGACACCAUCUGAAGGGUGUGAACGUAAGUGAACUUUGUUUUGUGUGCAUGUGUGUGUGUAUCUUCUUUUCCAUUGAAA